AUACGCAUAUAAGACGGUAUUUCUACGCAUAUAUCCCGGAUGAAUCAUGUCAAACAAGCAAUGGAAGCGAACGGAAGCAGUUGGAAAGCCUUCGCCGGUUCAUAAAAAAUGGACGCAUAUAUCCCCAAGAUUUUCAGCAAAAAUUGAGUCAGAUGCUUCAAUCAAGCAUAUGCAUGAUCGGAUGCUUUUCCUGAUUAUAAAUCUUGCUGGUCGUAUUGUUUCUGUAACACUUAGAAAUGGGAUUUGUUAUAAAGGGAUUCUUGGCACGGUUAAUACGGAGUCUGAUAUGGGAGUUGUUCUUAAGAUGGCUAUGGUAGUUGAUGGGACGCAGUUUGAUGGAACAGGACAGACCAAUGGGGUACAACAUCGUAUUAUUGAUGAGUUAAUUAUUCUUCCCCGUGAUUUACUGGGGAUUCGUGUGGAUAAAGUAGAUUUUAAUGAGAUAUCUCAGGCGGAACAGAAAUUCCAAACGGACGCAGAAAUUAGUGGAAAAACGGAGUUUAAAGAAAGAGAAUUGCAUAAAUGGGAGCCAUCGACAAAUGAUGCAGAUGAAUUUGGUCCUUUGGAGGAAUUGACAGAAACAGUAUCGAAUGGAGAGGUAUGGGAUCAAUUUGCGGCAAAUGAAAGGCUUUUUGGUGUUAAAUCGGAGUUUGAUGAAGAUUUAUAUACAACAAAAGUUGAUAAAUCGCAUCCCUCGUAUAAACAGAGGGAAGCGGAUGCAGCACGUAUUGCACAAGAGAUACAACAAUCAUCGACCAAUAAUAUUCAUAUUGCAGAAGAACGUGGGUUUAUACAGACAGAUAUUAGCGAAGAAGCUAUGUAUAGUGGAGUUUUUCGUCCUGAUAUGCACAAAAAAGAUGAAUCCAUGGAAACCAUGAAAAAGAAUGAAACAGAAGUUGCGACACCAGUUUCGUUACAGGAUUUUGCAUCAUCUGAGAUGGAAAAAUCUAAGAUAGAUGUUCCGGAGGAAAGUUUUUCCGAAACAUCGACACCUUUAAACGAUAAAGACGAUAAUAAAAUGUCUAAUCCGGAUCCUAUUUCUUCUGCACCCAAGGCGCCAAAAAUUGAAACAGAACUUAUGGGUACGUUUAAACAGUUUGUAUCCGGGGAAAGGAAAAGACUUCAAGCUAAGAAACAAGCAUUAUUCAAAAAGGAAAAGUAUGUAAAGUUACAAGAACUUUUAAAAUUUAGUCAAAACUUUAAAUUGAAUACACCUGUUCCUUCUGAUAUUGCUUCGAUACUUGCUAAAGAUAAGGCAAGACAAAAUGAACCUACGACAAAAUCAGCGACUACAUCGCCAACAAUAACGUCAACCCCUGUAUCUCAGUCUUCUGGAUCAACUAAAAACGCACAAAGUACAUCUGAUUUAUUGCAGGAAAAUUCAUCCCCUAUAAAUGAUUCUCAAAACGAUAAGAAGGCUCCUAAAAAAAUGAAUAUGAAACUUAAUGUAAAGGCGUCAGUUUUUAAACCGAAUUCUAUGACAGCUCCCUUUUCACAGUAUACUCAAAAAACGGAAGGCCCACUUAUGGAUGUACCUGUAUUCCAGCCUUUACAAACUACAAAAGUCUCUACUCCUGAUUUUUUUAAUAACAAAAAGCCAGACUGUAUACAACGAAAUUCUAUUUUGGAAAAAUUUGAUCCUUUUAAACGAUAUAGAUUAGAGCAUCCAGAUAAUGAACAUUCCUCAGAAAAACCUUACUCCUUCCUUCCAACAUGGCCAUGUGGCGGAAAAUCAUAUAAAGAAAUGCUACAGGCACUACAACAAUCUUCAAAUUUUUCGCUACCAGGGCAAUUACCAUACGAUUCUAAUGAAGAAUAUAGAUUUCCAUGCAUUGAUCCUAACUCAUUAAAUUUCAUUGCUAUGCCAUAUGGCGCAUUUCCGUUUUACACAGCUCAACAAGAUGCUUCAUAUAAUGGGCCUUAUAAUUCAUACCGGAAUUUUGUUCCUACUCAACUUAUUCAACCAAUGCACUUUAUGCCAGGAUAUCUCGUAAAAUUAUUGUAUACAGCCCCACAUGCUCUACAAAAUAUGACAUGUCAUCCACAAUAUGGUAUAUAUAUGCCUCAAAUGAUGAAUUCUCAAAAUUUUAAUAUGCAAACGAAUCACUCAACAGUUAAUUAUCCUGGUCCCCAAAAUUCGCCAAUGAUAAUGCAAUUUCAUCCGGGUGUUCAUGGACAAAAUAAUAUGCAGCAGGCAGUUAUGAUGCCUACUCCGUCAAUAGGAAUGAAUAAAGUAAUUCAAGGACAAACAUAUGGAUAUACUGGUUAGGACAUAUAAUUGAAUAUACAUUAUUCACAAAAUUUGAUAUUAUAUA